AUGAAGCGGGUUCGUUCACGUGGGGAUGAAGCUUGCGCCUCCCCGGUGAAAAAAAGAUGGAACAAAACUUCUGUACAAAAAGAACUAACUAGUGGAAAUAUGUAUUUUACUAAGAUCGAAGGACUCUCGCAUAAAUUCAACAAUUUCGCGUUCUCUUUGCGUGAGAUACUAGACACAAUAACCCCGACUAACUCGAUUCAUUUCAAUUUUAUGAUUGAUCCUCAUUGGCUUUUAAGCCAGUACCCGGAGCAGUGCCGAGACACGCCGAUAAUGUUGGUGGUCGGUGAGAAAAUGGGUACAGAUGCAUCAACCCUGACACAAUUAACCAAAUUACCCAUACCUUUCGGUACUCAUCAUACUAAGUUAUCAAUUUUUGAAUGUGAAUCUAAGCUUCAUGUGCUGAUUUCAACAGCUAAUCUCAUCGAAGGAGAUUGGGAUUUGAAAACUCAAUGCAUUUACUAUGCGAAUGGUCCUAUAAAUAAUGAAGAGGUAGAGAGCAGUGAUUUUCAGAAGGAACUCAUGAGUUACUUGGAGUUCUAUAAAAAUCCAGAGCUGGAGUAUUGGAUACAGCGUAUUCAGCAUGCAUGCUUUUCAUCUAUCAAAGAUCAUAUCAUUUAUUCUGUACCAGGUUAUCACAAAGAUGAGAAAAAGGAUAACUUAGGGUUGUUAGCCUUGCGGAAACAUCUCAGUCAAAUUCGAGUAUCUCUCGAUAAACUGGAAGGCUCGCAUUUAUUUCUUGCACAAUGCAGUUCCAUUGGUUCUUUGGGACCUUCGUUCGAUGCCUGGACAAAACCUCAACUGUUGAAGAGUAUGAGAGGUGGAAUUGAAUCAGAGGACAGUGUAGCGCCGAAGUUUUUUCUCAUUUAUCCCUCUGUAACCGAUGUGCGGAAUUCUGUCGAAGGGUACGCUGCUGGUGGUUCUCUGCCCUAUCAAAGACAAACAUCUGAAAAACAGUUAUGGUUGAAAGACUAUUUUUGUAAAUGGCGGAGUGAAACAAAUAGCCGUAGCCGAGCAAUGCCGCAUUGCAAGACAUAUGCAGAGCUUGUGAAUGGAGAACCUCGUUGGUUACUAGUCACGAGCGCCAACUUAUCAAAAGCAGCCUGGGGCGAAUUGCAACGGGGAGGUGUGCAAAUGCAAAUUCGCUCUUAUGAGUUCGGUGUUCUUAUAGCUGAUCAAGAUAGAAUACGAUUACCUUACGAUUAUCCUAUUGCCAAGUAUUCAAAGACGGAUGAGCCCUGGAUUUGUAACAUGAAUUAUACCGAGAAGGAUAGUUGUGGGACAGAUUGGAUCGUUUCCUAA